AUGUGGUUUGUGGCCGGCACGCCGUUGGAGGAAACCAUGUGGCCAGACUUCGGCUAUUUCGGAAUCAUUGAUCACACAAUGGACGAUGGCGUAAAAAACCAUCCUGUAGUGAGUGCUCGUGAAUUCAAACUCGGUACAGUCCUUUCUCGGAAAUGGGCCAUCGACUUCUCUGGAAAUAGAUCGAAGUCCUCUGGGCAAAGUAGUGGUUCUGCUGCUCUGUCCGAAUUGCAUCCUCCUGGUUACGUAGACCGAUCGUUUCCUGCCGGUCCAGUAAAGGACUCGGAUUCACAGCUUGUCGUGCAGCGUAGCUGGAACAUCGCACUCGGCCCUUUGCGUCAGAUACCUAUGAACUUAUUCAUAAUGUGGAUAUGUGGAAACUCAAUCUCCAUCUUCCCACUGAUGUCGGUGAUUAUGCUGUUCCAUCGACCAAUUCAGGCCCUCCUCUCUUGUCAGUCAACCUUUAGUUUGAUCGAAGGAGAUCAAGCUCCACUUCAGUGCGCAGUGUACGUGUUGGGCAAUCUGGUCACUAUUGGUCUGGCAAUGUAUAAAUGUCAUACGAUGGGUUUAUUACCAACCUAUUCUUCAGACUGGUUGGCUUUCGUAGAACCUCCUACGGCGGACGGCCACGUAAACUAA